GUCAUUCGGCAACGUCAUAGAGUGUCGCGUAAACUCUGGCGACGCCGAAAAGGGCUGGCUUAAUGCUACUUUUAUAAAUCGUCAAAAUCUGGUCUGAUCGUCAUGCAGGACUAUCAGAACCUUCCCAUUGACAUCCAGACCAGUAAACUCUUAGACUGGUUGGUGGACAGGCGUCACUGCAUUUUGAAAUGGCAGACGUCAUUGGUGACUAUCCGGGAGAAGAUCAAUGCUGCCAUUCAGGACAUGCCAGAGAAUGAGGAAAUUAAACAACUGCUGUCUGGAUCGUAUAUCCAUUAUUUUCAUUGUUUACGAAUCAUUGACAUCCUUAAAGGAACAGAAGCCUCCUCUAAAAAUAUAUUUGGAAGAUAUUCUUCUCAGCGAAUGAAGGAUUGGCAGGAAAUUGUUUCUCUUUAUGAAAAAGACAACACAUAUCUAGCGGAGGUGUCAAGCUUGCUGGUACGCAAUGUGACCUAUGAGGUGCCUUCAUUAAAGAAGCAAAUCAGUAAAUGCCAGCAGGCUCAGCAGGAGUUUAGCCGGAAAGAGUUGGAAUGCCAGAGUGGGACAGCAGAUAUGAGAGACAAGUUCUACAGCUCCUGCAAGCAGUAUGGCAUCACGGGUGACAACAUAAAAUGGGAGCUGCUAGCACUGGUGAAGGAUUUGCCUUUAAUUCUAUCAGACAUAGCCAAAGAAACACAAGGGCUUUCUAAGAUAAUUGAACUGUAUGCUGCCUUUACCAGCUUUGUGUGUGAAUGGUCAGAGGAACCAGUGUUGCCUAUGCUGAGAUACUGUCAGCAUAAAGGAAACACAACCGUUUAUGAGUGGAGAACGGGGAGCCCACCCAGUGUUAUUGAGAGGCCACUGAUUGAGGGGACACUUACAGACACUGUUGCUGAGGAUAGUAUUGACUGGGGAGACUUGGGAGGUGCUGCUGAUGCAGUUACUGUUGGGACAGAUUAUGGCAUUUCUUUGGAGGACGGUGGGAUUGACUGGGGAAUCACUGCGGGGGAGAGCAUAGAAGGCAUAACUUUGGGUGAAGAGAAAGAUAGCACUGUGGAGAUCGAUGUACUGGAUGCGGGCAUUAACUCUCCUGAAGGGGUAGCCUGUGGAGAGGAUGCCCUCACUCUUCUGGAAUACUCACAAACCAGGAACCAGUUUAUUGAUGAACUCAUGGAGCUGGAGACAUUCUUAUCACAGCGGCUUACUGAGAUGAGUGAAGAAGGGGAUGUGGUGUCCAUGAGUCAGUUCCAGCUGGCUCCUUCUGUUAUCCAGAGCCAGACUCGAGACAAAGUGUUAGCCAUGCUGGUGCAAGUUAGGAGCAUGAUUGAAAGGCUUACCACUAAGAAGAUGCAGCACCUGUUUAUGAUCCUAGCCUCCCCCCGGUAUGUGGACCGGGUGACAGAUAUCCUGCAACAGAAAAUGAAACAAGCUGAUAUUUUGGUUCUCAAGCAACAGAGAAUGGUAGAGAAACGACAAGAAGCUCUCGCUGAGCAAGCAAAACUGGAGCCUCAACUGGAUCUGCUGAUCAAGAGGACCAGGGAGCUGCAGAAACAGAUUGAAGCUGACAUAUCUCGUCGCUACAACAACCGGCCAGUCAAUCUGAUGGGAGUCGCAAUGUAGAAGUUCCUCUUCCACUUUAUGUGCAUUUUGACUUUCACUUAAACCCCACCACAACUGUGGAGAAUGUGACGACAGGACUCAGUCAUAGCCUGCAGCUGGAAGGUCUUCUAGUAAGAAGUUUUGUGCCCAAUGAACUCCAUCUGUAGUCUUGGGAGUUUGCACUCCUUUCUCUUUACAGGAGGCUGUUAUCAUGUACCUUGACCUUGAGAUUAUCUUGUGCAAAUAAUAAUUGUAACACACUUUGAAUAAAUGGAUGGAACAAUGCUGUUUUCUUUUUAAGAUCUGACCUUCCACUUUGUGACCUGUGACAUUGUCACAUGUCUUUGUCCUCAUGUUGUUUCAUAGGUAUCUACUUUUACUCAGAAACUUUAUCUUAAGUUUUUGCAACUUCUGUACUUAAAGUUGACUUAAUGGGCUGUCAGCUGCCAUUUUGCAUGCAUAUCUCAUUAAAGGUUGUUUGUGGGGUUUUGUGAUUAUUCUUUCGUUCCCAGCUUAUAAUUGAGGCUAAAUUAUUUUGGUAGGCCAUCAAUAAAACACAUUGUUUUUUAAUAAAUAACUAAGUAUGUUAGACUUUAAAAGUAUACAUUUUGGGAACAUUGUAAUGUACAAAAAAAAAAAAACUGAUGAUAUAUUUUUUUCCAAAUCAUGCCCUUGUUUGUCCCAAAGACAUAUCUAUUUUGUGUUUGAGUUCCGCACUUUUGGCUUAGCGUCAUACUGUAUUGUUUGAGGAUAUUUUUAAAUAAAACCAAAAUGCCACAUCA